AUGCGGGGUUCAGAUGAUAUGGCGAAAUGGCUACAGCUUCUCGGACACUCAGUCGAAGAUCUGAAUCGCCUGAAUAUCAUUCAUGUUGCAGGAACAAAGGGGAAAGGGAGUACCUGCGCAUUUGUCGCAUCGUUCCUUAAAGCGCAUAGAAACAAUACCGGGUACCCACGAAAGGUUGGGCUAUACACAUCACCGCAUAUAUACAACAUACGCGAGAGGGUUUGUAUCAACGGCGAGCCAAUAUCACGGAAUCUUUUCGCCGUCAGAUUCUUCGAGAUCUGGGAUAAGCUGCCCGGCGAGGCAACAGACACUCUAGAUAUACCCCGGUAUCUCCAGCUUUUAGCACUUCUCUCUUUCCACGUCUUCAUACAAGAGAAGGUUGAUGUGGCGGUCUAUGAGACCCAUCUCGGCGGGGAAUUUGAUGCCACAAACGUCAUUAGUGCGCCAAUUGUAACAGCUCUUACAUCGAUUUCAAUGGAUCAUGUUAACUUACUUGGACCAACGAUCGAGAAUAUUGCGUGGCAUAAGGCGGGGAUAUUUAAAUCGGGAUGUCCAGCAUUUUCUACUCUUCAAGAACCAAUGGUUGCAACAGUCCUUCAGCAGCGAGCUGCUGAACAGAAAGUAUCACUCAAAUUUAUUGGCCUUGAUAGUGGCCUUCCGACCAGCGCAGUGGCUCUGAAACCAAAAAUACAAAAGCUCAAUUGCUCUUUGGCUCUUGCAGUGUUCCGUGCUUGGUUGUCUGCAAAAAUACCUACAGAGCGGAGCAACAUUGACAAUGACAUCAUUCGUGGAAUUGAGGAAUUUAGUUGGCCAGGACGAUACCAGCAAAUCAAUGAUCAAAAUUAUCAGUGGUUUCUUGACGAAGCACACACUGAGUUAAGCCUAUAUUACGCGGUCGAGUGGUUUGCAGAGAGAGCUAGGGAGAGUCAGAAGUGA